AUGUCUGUUUCCUUUGAGACUACCGAUAUUGCGCCCGCACCUGUCCCUGUUGUACAGGAUGGCCCUUGUCUCGGCUCCAAGUCCAGGAUGCCCGAGUUCAGCCUGGCUGGAAAGGUUGUCUGUGUCUCCGGAGCUGCGCGCGGCCUGGGUCUGACCCAAGCGGAAGCUAUUCUGGAGGCCGGUGCCAAGGUGUACGCUCUUGACCGUCUGGAGGAGCCCUCCCCCGAGUUUUACGUGAUCCAGCAGCGCGCAUUGGAGGAACUGGGCACCGAACUUCACUACCGUCGCAUCGACGUGCGCGACACGGAACUGUUGAACACCGCGAUUGAAGCCAUUGCCAAUACUGAAGGUCGGCUGGAUGGCCUGGUGGCAGCGGCCGGCAUCCAACAAGAGACCCCCGCGCUGGAAUACACGGCUCGAGACUCCAACACUAUGUUCGAGGUGAAUGUCACGGGGGUGUUUAUGACCGCCCAGGCAGUUGCCAAGCAAAUGAUUCGCUUCGGGAAUGGAGGCAGCAUCGCACUAAUCGCCAGCAUGAGUGGCACCGUUGCCAAUCGGGGUCUCAUCUGCCCCGCAUACAACGCCAGUAAGGCUGCGGUGCUCCAGCUGGGUCGCAACCUUGCCAUGGAGUGGGGACAGUACAACAUCCGGGUCAACACCAUCUCGCCGGGCUACAUUGUGACCGCCAUGGUUGAGCAGCUGUUCGUGCAGUACCCCGAGCGCCGGGACGAGUGGCCCAAGCAGAACAUGCUUGGCCGGUUGUCGACCCCCAAUGAAUACCGUGGCGCGGCGGUGUUCCUGCUCAGCGACGCCAGCAGCUUUAUGACUGGUAGCGACCUUCGCAUGGACGGUGGCCACGCGGCGUGGUAA